CAUAGUGUUUGUGAUACAGCAGUAUGGCGAAGAGGGUUUUGUUAGUGGUUUGCCCUCUCUCACAACUGGGGAAUAAAGCUGCUUGUUUAGGAGUAUUUCGGUUAUUUUUAAUGGCUUUCUGUCAUGCAGCACAAGGCACUAAAGAAGCAUUUAUUCAGUCAGACACCAUUUUAGAGGUACUUCGGUUUGGAGAUGGAGGUCUGUUACAGACAGAGGCAGAGAUUGGCCUCAGUUCAUAUCAGAAAAGCACAUCCUUACACCAGGUAAACUGCCGGCCAAUUAGAUUUGAACCACCAAUGCUGGAUUUCAGUGAACAGCCAGUUGGGAUGCCAAAAAUGGAAAAAGUUUAUCUUCAUAAUCCUAGUUCAGAUGAAGCAAUUAUUUUAGUAUCAAUUUCUGCAACAACAUCACAUUUUCAUGCAUCUUUUUUUCAAAAUAGAAUAAUUCCACCUGGUGGAAACACCUCGUUUGAUGUUGUUUUCCUAGCAAGAGUAGUAGGAAAUGUAGAAAAUACUUUAUUUAUUAAUACAUCACAUCAUGGAGUGUUCACUUACCAGGUGUUUGGUGUUGGGAUUCCCAAUCCUUAUAGACUCCGACCCUUUAUUGGAGCAAGAGUUCCUGUAAAUAGCAGUUUUUCUCCUUUAAUAAAUAUACACAACCCACACAGUGAGCCCUUGCAGGUAGUAGAAAUGUACUCAAGCGGUGGUGACUUGCAUCUUGAACUCCCUACUGGUCAGCAGGGUGGUACAAUAAAGCUGUGGGAAAUUCCGCCAUUUGAAACCAAGGGUGUAAUGAGGGCCAGCUUUUCCUCACGCGAUGCUGAUAAUCACACAGCUUUUAUAAGGAUAAAGACUAAUAUGUCUGCUGAUGAGUUCAUAAUAUUACCGGUGGAAGUAGAGGUUACUUCAGCACCUGGAAUCUACUCAUCAGUAGAAAUGUUAGAUUUUGGGACUCUGCGAUCACAAGAUCAUCCUAAAGUUUUAAAUAUACAUCUUCUGAACUCCGGAACAAAAGAUGUCCCGAUAACUAGUGUUAGGCCAACACCUUCAAAUGAAGCUAUUACUGUGGAUUUUAAGCCAGUUACGUUAAAAGCAGGAGAAAAUAAAUAUACCAAAGUUGCAAGUAUUAGUUUUGAUGCUUCCAAAGCAAAAAAGAUAUCUCAGCUUUCGGGUAAAAUAACAGUAAAAGCGAAAGAGAAAACUUAUUCAAAACUUGAAAUUCCAUAUCAGGCUGAUGUGCUAGAAGGGUAUCUGGGUUUCGACCAUGCGGCCACACUUUUCCACAUAAGGGACAGUCCUACAGAUCCAGUAGAAAGGCCCAUUGACCUGACUAAUGCUUUCAACUUUGCUGUUAGAAUUCACAAUGUUUCUUUGCCUGAAGAAGCCAAAGCAAUGUUCAGUGUAUUCAAUUUCACUGAUCCUAUUCUGAUCCCACCUCUUCAGUCACAGUACAUUUUUUCUCUGCGCUUUACACCUGCCCGUCCAUCAAUUCAUAUUGACAGUAAUAUUUUGCUUGUUACUAAUGCAUCUAAAUUUCAUUUACCUGUAAGAGCUUACACUGGAUUUUUAGAGCUAUUUAUUAUUUCACCUAAUAUGGAAGAACAUUUCCUAGAUUUCAGAGUCUUGAGUGCUACAGAGCAGAGUACUAUUGUAUUUAUUGUAAUGAAUAAUAAUCCUAUAGAGCUGGCAAUAAAGUCUUGGCAUGUUAUUGGUGAUGGUCUUACAGUAGACUUGGUAAAAUCGAUUAAGGGCAACAAAACUACAGCCUUGAACAGAAUACACAAGCUUGAAAACAGCUCAUCAUUGGAGCAUACAACGGUAAUUCUAGGAUCUGGCUAUUAUGCUGUUUUUAGGGCAAUAUUAACUGCAAAGGACCUUGAAGGACCAUAUGAUGGUGCAAUUCAGAUUACAACUGAUUAUGAGAUACUAACAAUCCCAGUAAAAGCAGUUAUUGCAGUUGGAUCUUUAAGUAGCUCACCAAAGCACAUUGUACUACCACCUUCUUUCCCGGGCAAGGUAGUUCAUCAAAGUUUUAAUAUCUUGAGUUCCUUCUCACAGAAGGUGAAAUUGCAAAAUAUACGUCCUCUCACAGAGGAUAUCCGAUUUUAUUGCAAGAGACUUAAAAGUAACAAGGAUGAAUUGGAGCCUAAAAGAAAGUCAAAGGUGGGAAAUCUUUAUUUUGAUCCUGGCUUACGGUGCAGUGAUCACUGUUAUGUUGGCUUACCAUUUUUAUUUAAAUCGGACUCUAAAACACAUGGGCUUUCAAUGCAAGAAGAUAUGUGGGAAACAGAUUUGGAUUUGCAUGUGGCAUUUUAUAGGAAAUGGAAAGAACUGAAAGACAAUGGAGAGCAUCAGGCCACUUCUAUAUUUGAAGUAGAUACAGAUCUUCAGAGGAAUGUUCAAGCAAAAGUAACAGCAGAAAUGAUCUGGCCUUCUAUAAUUAAGACUUCACACCAAAUAAUUUUUCCUAUCACAAGCACAAACAGCUCUUCUGAAGAAGAUGUUGUUCUUGAAAAUCCUGCUGAUCUUCCUGUAUUUGUCCAGAUUGUUCCAUUAGCAUUGUAUCCAAACCCACUGGUGAUGGUUGAAAAGCUGUCGGAAAGAUGUAAUAUUGGCAAGUUUCCAAAUAUCGAUUCAAAAACUCAUGUGUUCCAGGUUCAUAAUAAUCAGACUGCACCUUACAAGAAUGGCCAAGGAUUUUUAGAAGGAUCUUCUCGCCCAUAUGUACAUAACCUGAUCCUUUCUCCAGGAGAAGUUAAAAGUUUUACAUUAAAAUUUAGUCCUGUGCACAACAGAACUGUCACCUCUUUGAUUAUUAUAAGGAACAAUUUAACAGUCUUGGACUGCAUAGUUUCUCAAGGACAUGGAGCAAUAGAGAGUUUAAAGAUUGCAGGCAAGCCCCCUGGUCCUGGAAGUUCCUUAAGAUUCAAAAUGACAGAAAGUUUACUGAAGGACUGUUCAGAUAAAAUAAAAUCAAAGGAACCAAAUUUUACUCUUAAACGAACAUUUAAAGUUGAAAAUACAGGACAACUUCCAGUUUCUAUUAAAUCGACAGAAGUUAGUGGAUAUCCCUGUGAAGGAUAUGGUUUUAAAGUUGUCAACUGUCAGGAAUUUGUACUGAAACCUAAUUCAUCUAAAGAUAUUGUGAUAAUGUUCACUCCUGAUUUUACUGCUUCAAGAAUCAUUCGGGAACUAAAGCUCAUUACAGCUGGUGGCACAGAAUUUGUAUUUGUAUUAAAUGCAUCUCUUCCAUAUCAUAUGUUGUCAGCAUGUGCGGAAACACUUCCUCGUCCCAAUUGGGAACUGGGCCUAUACAUAAUCAUCUCUGUAAUAAUGAGUUUUAUGUUCCUUUUGGUAAUUGGCACAGCCUACUUGGAAGCAUUAGGCAUAUGGGAGCCUUUUAGGAGACGCUUGUCUUUUGAAGCUUCUAACCAUCCUUUGGAUUUGGGGAGACCAUUUGAUCUCAGGAGAAUAGUAGGAAUAUCUCCAAAUGGAAAUUUGAAUGAAUAUAGUGAUUCAAACCACAACUCAACCAGAGGAAUGUAUGGAUCUGGAAGUUCAUCCAGAUCUAAUAUGGGACACCACAGACAAUGCAAUGUGUCACAGUCACACGCACAAAGUAGGACCUCCAUAGAGAAUGAUGGGUCAAAAUCAAGAAUUAUUUCCAACAACAUUAACAGAUCAUCUAUGCAAACAACAUCUACACAGUCUGCAAAUAAGACAAAUGCUGUUGCAACUUCAGAAACCUGUUUAGUACAAUGCCCAAUAAACAGUAAAAGAACACGACCUGCCAAGCAGCAGCCGCAGACUUCCACACAACAGCAACCUGUUCAGAACAUUAUAGAAGAGUCCUCUCCACAGACUCCAGUGCCUCAGCAGCAUUGUCAGGAAGCAGAGGGCUUACAGAGAUUUCACCCUGCACAUCCUGAGGGUAAUACAGCCAGACACAGCUCAGAAGAUUCUGAUUAUACCAGCCUUGUGGAAGCCAUGGACAAAGACUUGGAUCAUCCUGAUUCACCACCUCCUCCUCCUCCUCUUCCUCCCCCUGCUGCUGAUGUUUUUGUGGAUCAGCCCUCCUCUCCGGCACCACCCAAUAAAGUCAAAAUUCAACGUAAAAACAAAGCUCAAAAGAAAAAAGCAGAAAAGGAGAGAAGAAAUAAAAGCAAACCAAAUGAGGAUGACUUAAAAGAUUCACUUGCAGAUAAUGAUGACAGCUCUUCAACAACUACUGAAACUUCAAAUCCUGACAUGGAAACAAGUACAAAAGAGGGACCUGAAAGGAAAAAAGGCAGAACUUUUCCAUUUGAAAAAGAAAAAGAUGUUAACCAGAUAUUUCACCUGAAAGCUAAACACAAGAAGGUAGGAAAUGGAAGGAAGGAUAGCCAAACAGAUGUCAAGCCCAGUUCUUUAGAACUGCCAUAUACAACUCCUCUUGAAAACAAACAGCGCAGGAACUUCUCAUCAAAAAACUUAAUGCAACAGUCUAUACCAAAUGGAUCAAAAAUAAGGAACAUCCCUAAACGAGGUUCAUGCGGAAAACUUGAAGAUUGUCGGCCUUCAAACUUUUCCAAGUUUCUUUUAAGUAACUCUACCCAGGAACCUAGUAAUAGCAGUAGUUCAGAAGGAGAAAAGGAUUCACCUCCACCUGAGUGGGACUGUGUCCCGCUGCACAAAUCAAGCAGUUCUGCAGACAGCUUAUAUCAGUUAUCCUUACAAACAAUGAAUGCCGACGUUUUCCUGAAAAGACCUAUGUCUUCCAUGUCAAGGACUUCGUCUCCUCCCCCAUCUUUAUUUAAUUUGACAUCCCGUGGCUCCUACAGCAGUAUUGUUAAUACCAACAGUGAAAAUGCAGUGAAGAAACCUAAUGCAAACAAACACAAGCUGGCAAAGUCAUCAUCAUUGCCAGGCAAAAAUGGGAACCCCACAUUUGCAGCAGUGGCGGCUGGUUAUGAUAAGAGUCCAGGAGGAAAUGGAUCUUUGAAAGGUUUGACAAGCAAAAAAGAGUCUUCAAACCACCAUAACAUUCCAAACACCUCCUUUGAAAGUGAUGGGUCAGACAGUUCUGGUUUGUGGAGCCCCAUUGGAAAUCCAAGUAGUCCAAGUUCACCUCUUAAUGCCUUUUCAGCAUUUGGUCCUAGCAAUUCCUUCAACUUAACUGGAGAGGUUUUUAAUCGCACUGCAUAUCCUAAGUCCUUCAGCCAGGAUCCCCAGCAGAACUGGCCUGAGUUCAGUCACGUCUCACCUUCUAUAUGGGAUCAUCCAUCAAGCCCUUCUUGGCUUAGUAGUUCUGGAACCUCGACAGCCCCUACUUCAUCAGUCAUUGGCAGCACCACAAGUCUUUGGCCCUCAUCUAAUCCAUUCAGCAGUUCAAUCUGGUCUACUAAUAUUGACACUGGGUUACCAUUUUCCAGUCCUCCAGCCAGCACUGCUUUGACUGACCUAAUCGCAAAUGGUGACAACAGUAUUGCUGCCCCAUUGCCAUCCAACACCACUGAAAUUGGGAGGACCUACAACCCUUGGAGCAUGUGGCGUCCGACACUUGGGAGAAGAAGUUCUGAACCGUGGCCUAACAGUUCAAACUUCACUACAGAAAGUGGGAACUGACGCUACUGCUCUGACUUUCCUUCUCUCUUUCAAAAUCAGCAUUAUAUCUAAAGUGCACUUUUCAAUGCAGGAUUUCUAAGCUAAAGCAUUAUGCUUCCCAUUAGAAAAUUGGCUCAAUUCUUGCAAAAGUACCCACUCACUGUUCUAGUGGUGAGACAAAUGCAUCUACAAAAGUGUGUUUUUUGUCCCUUUUAACAACAGGUAGCAGCCCACCGUACCAAGCAAAUUUGAAUGCUUAUUUUAUACUAAAAACAAAAAAUAAUGCUUUAUAAUCAGACAUCUCCUCUUUUAUACUUUCACCCUCACCCACUUCCUCUGACCUAUGUAAUACUGUUGAUCGAAAAUGUUCACUUGUAAGGUACAAGAAAAAAAUCAGUAUUACAUUCUUGAAAUAAGCACUUUGUGUAAAGUUAAAACAGUUGUAUAGUUGAGACGAUGUCUCAUUUAAAGGGUUGCAAUAAUAUAAAACUUCAGAAUUUUUAAUGGGUAAACUUGAACUGAGGGUGCAAUGGCUCCCAAGUGUUAUAGUGGCUGUAUUCUCCAUAUUGCCAGUCACUGUCCUUGCCAUUGCGUGCUUGAGGCUUUGUAUUCUUUGUUGACCUCAAUGCAUUUUAACAGUUAAAAUUGAAAUUCUCACAGCCAAAUCUUCAUGGCAUCAAGGUUUUUGGUGUAUUUCUUAUUUAAAGAAAACAACUAUGGGUUGUUCUUUAAAAUAAAUAUUUUCGAAGAAAA